AUGGUAGCAAGGCAUUCUGCUCAAAAGCGACCAAGCGACCAGACCUUCGGACACCCGCCAGUGGAGAAGAGUGGAAUGUACAUGAGGCUGAGGCACCAGGCUUUGCACAAGUGGAGUAGGAUGAAUUCAACCUAUCGCCAUGACUCGUUUCUAUUCACAGGGCCCAGUGCCUCAGUUGCCUUCAGCCAGUUGCCAGGGCACCGAUGUUCAGGUCUCGAACUCGAAAGCAAGCAUGUAGCCUAUCCGGUGUCGAGGUCAAGUGUCGAGUUCAGAAUACAUGCCCGUCUGGAGCCAAGCUAG